GCGAAAGGAGGGCUGGAGGCUAGAGCAGGCGCGGCCGCGGUGGCUCCGCGCUGCGGGCGCCGUUCCCAGCGCACCUGCGGAGGCCGUGCAGAGCCCAGCGGGCGGCCGGGGCGGGCGCAGCUCGGCGCAGAGCAGCUGGGCCAUGGGCAGCGCAGCGGGCGGCCCGCGGUCCACCACGCCGGGACAGCAGCUCCGCGCUCUUUUCUAUGUUCUGCCGCCCGGAGAGAGCUCCUUCCGCACGGUGGAGGAUGUGCCCGACUACGUGGAGAAGAGUAUUCCAUUCUUCAUUGCUUUUAUUGUGCUGGAGUUUGCUGUCAGCUGGGUUCAGAAGCGUAAGCUGUCAGGUCGAAUCAAUGAUGGUAUAAGUUCUCUUUCUUUAGGUAUCCUGUCUCGACUACCAGAUGUUUUAUUCAGAAGUGUCGACUUAAUUAGUUAUAUCUAUGUAUGGAAUAACUACAGACUCUUUGAACUACCCUGGGACUCGGCAUGGACAUGGUAUUUGACAUUCCUGGGAGUGGAUUUCACAUACUACUGGUUUCACCGCAUAAGUCAUGAGGUUAAUAUACUGUGGGCAGCACACCAGGUACAUCAUAGUUCUGAAGAUUACAACUUAUUCACAGCCUUGAGACAAUCUGUACUGCAGAAAUACACCUCCUGGAUGUUCAAUUUGCCAAUGGCUCUUUUCAUUCCACCAUCAGUGUUUGCUGUUCAUCUACAGUUUAAUCUACUUUACCAGUUUUGGAUACAUACAGAGGUUAUCACCAAUAUUGGUCCUUUGGAGUGGAUUCUUAACACUCCAAGUCAUCACAGAGUUCAUCAUGGCAGAAAUCCUUACUGCAUUGACAAAAAUUAUGGUGGCACACUCAUUAUCUGGGACAGGAUAUUUGGAACAUUUGAAGCAGAAGAUGCUAAAGUUGUAUAUGGCUUAACACAUCCAGUAAAUUCAUUUGAACCCAUUCUGCUCCAGUUACGUCCCUUAGCUCAUAUUUGGAACACGUUUUGGACCACACCUGGAUUUUGCAAUAAGCUUUCUAUCCUAUUCAAAGGGCCAGGCUGGGGACCAGGCAAACCUAGACUUGGCCUUCCUGAGGAAAUCCCAGUGAUCACUGGAAAAGAAGUUCCAUUCAACCCAAGAGUACCAGCUUACCUUAAUUGCUAUGCAGUAGUGCAUUUUGCAGUGAUAAUGGAGCUGUAUAUUGACCUUCUUGCUACUGUGACUGUGUUAUCACAGGGAACUAUUCUGCUAAGAAUUUGCUUUAUCAUUCUGUCCCUGACCUCUUUUGGAUUUCUUAUGGAGAACAGGCCCAAAGCAGGAAUUCUGGAAAUCAUCCGCUGCUCAGUCUUCUUAGGUGUAUACAAACUUGGCUACUUAAGGAAUCAGCUUUCUCUGUUGGACUGUGCAUAUGAACAAUACCAUAUACUGAGGAGAUGGACCAGGUCUACCCUCCAUGUAAUGCCGAAAAGACCAUGACAGAGAGCUACAGAUUCUUAGAAACGGGGUCUUGUUUUUCCUCUGCACUGCAUUCUGGGGAAUCCAAGUUAUGAAGCGGAUCACUUCUUCCAAAGAUAAACAUCUCUGAAAGAACAGAACUAACAUCACUUUAAUUAUGGAUACAGCACUUUGGAAUAAUCUUCUAAGUUUCUUGGAAUUAAUCAGCUAUGACUCUUACUGAAUUGCAGUCAUUUCACAUAUGAUAAGAGAGGUUUGUGAUUUUAUAUGAAGGUUUGAAAGAUUCAUUGGGAAGUACAUUUAUUUUGGGGUUUUAAAAAUAUUUAAUUUACCCCCCCCCUCCAAUUUAAAUAAAAUUUUCUUUCACAGGAUAUUUUUACAUUCGAGGGAUCAAAAAGUCUUAGAAACCAUGUGAAACUAAUGACAUUUUACAGUAAUUUUAUUAGAAUUAAAUCAUAUAUGAAAAGUACUUUUCACAAUAGAAAUAAUUAAAAUCAUGUUUUUAGCAACCUGAUAUAAAGCAACUGACUGUCUCUCUGUUGAACCUAAACAUAAAAAUAUGUGAAUGUCAGUUUUUCCAUAAUGUCUGGAGUAGACUAGAAUUUCAAUGUCAUGCCCAAUUCACUGUUCAUAACAUACGGCUACAUGAGGAUAGCCGGGGCAAGAAAAGGAAUAAAAACAGCAUGAUAAAAUAACUCAGAGUAGUAUGAAUUGAAACAUCUUCAGAAAAAUUGGCUGAUAUAUGAAUUGUAUAAUGCAGACUUUCAGUUUAGACUGAAUUAUUUAAGGACUACACCUGCAGUUGCCAACUUUAGACACUGAUUGAGCCAGCACUUGCAUAUGAGUAUCCCAUUGACAAAUGUUACUCAUGUGACAAAAUAUUUGCAAGGCUGGGCCCUUAAUUUCUGGUAAUUUCCUGCUGAGGUGAUCUCAGGGGAGAUGCACGUCUUUCAGGAGCUGCUGGAAAGAUGGUUUCUACUAAGAUAGGAAAAUUAAAUACAAAUGGUAAAGGGAGUCUCCAAACAGCAGGACUGGCAAAAAUAGUGGAGAUGGGUUGUUUUUCUUUCCUCACACUGUUCCAACUUCUAUUUGGCUCCAAGAAUUUUAGAAGUGCUUAAAGUCAAGUAGCUCAAAAAUGUAGGCUGUCUUGCAUGCUUCAAACUAAUAAUAAUACCUGAAUUAUUUUUUUUCCCAUUCCAUUUUCCUUUAGAAUAUUAAUGGCAGUGUUCUCAGAUGUAGCCAUCCUAUUUUUAAUUAACCCAUAUUUUCAGUCUUUAGCUGAAACAGAUGUCAUUAUCUACAUAAUUGGAUAUUUCUAAUAAAUAAUCAGAAAGGCAUUGAUGUUGUAUAAAUGAAAUUGAUCCAAUGUCUAGUGAUAAUAUCAGCCUAAUUUUAUACAAAUUCUUACUUUAAAACCCAAGUUUUAAGUUACUCCAUUUUUAGAUCAAGUGACUUCUAUUUCUUUGCAUUUUGCUCAAAAAACUUGAAUUAUUUAACUGAGAAAGUGUUUGUUCAAUUAGAGGUACUAAUACCUGCAAAGUAAGGAUCAUACUUUCCUAAACCAACAGUAUGUAUAAAUAUUUACUUGUAGAUCUUCUUCACUUUAUAUAAUAAGAUG